GGGUGUUCGUUUCGGGCGUCUUGAGUUUAUCGUCCAAGAAGAGAAGAGGUAGCAUCAUGCGGUUCACCCUUGGCGGAGUCUUGGCGCUUGCGGCCGCGUCUGUCGCGGCCUCUGUGGAUCCUUCCACCUACGUCCCCCUUGUCUUCUGGUCGCAGAAUGGCAUCUUUGAGCAGCCGACGUCGGACCUUUUCGCCGAGAAGGCCGACGCGCCGUACACGACGAUCCAGAUCGCGAGCACGAUCGCCACGAUCCAAGGCAGCGCCAGCAGCGACGCCUUGAGCGCGCACACGCCCUACGAAGUCAUGUACUUGGCUCCCAAGGCGAUCGCCAUCUUUGUACGCGACUCGCUCCGCUUGGACGAGCUCGAGCACUUUCAAGGCGCUGCUUUUGAGUCGCUCGUCCGUGACGCCAAGUCGAGCGUGGCCUACCCCCACACGACGCGCGGCGAUGCCGACGAUGCGUUGACCCGCCAAGUCAAGGCCACGCACGAGACAACGAUUGAAAACGUCGAGGCGUUCCUUCAGUCGACGACGCUUGGGGCGUCUGGCACGGACGUCGUCAUCAUCAAGGCGAGCAACACGCACUCGUGGGCCGAGCUCGACACCUUGAUCCAGCAGGCGACGGGUCUCUUCCAGAAGGCGACGGGCAACAGCGUCUACUUUGCGUUGACGGGCGACAAGGCGUCGGCGGCGCACGACGUGUUUGCGACGUUCCACCGCAACCUGCUCGCGGCGGCCGCCGUCGUGACGCCGCUGGUGUGCCCCGAAGGCUACAUCUUGAGCACGGCGGGCAGCGUGCCGUUCUGCUUUUCGCACUACGUCAACAUGACGCCCACGAUCCUCUCGGCCAUCUUUGUGGGCUUUUUCUUCCUCUUCUGCGUCUACGUCGGCCUCGUGCUCCUCGACGGCAUCCAGACGCCGCUGCGCUACCCGUCCGUGGGUCCCCCCAAGGGCAAGGAGUACUAAGCGCAUCGUCGUCCCUCGCGUCGCCAGAACACAAGGCUUUUGACGAGCUCUUUCCAUGAUAAACGACACGCGCUAGGAAUACAUACUAUUUGACCAAGGGC